CAAUCAAGUCAAUUUCUCCGUUUUUUGGUGUGUGCGACGAUGAAUUUAUAGUUUCUUCUAUUAUUUGAGGGGUUUCAGAAUUGAGAUUAGCAUCGUUAUUAACCGUAUAAUGCAGUGAUGUGUGUUUUCAUAAGGAUAUAAAGAUGUUAGGCGUUGAUCGACGUUUAUAGUGGUUGUAUUAAUUGGUAUUGAACUUGCUUUUACCAGCUCGAAAUUUUAAGUAAGCACGAUGUUUGCGAGCUUGAAGAGUAAAAUAAAGGAGGAGACAGGCAGUGACCUCAGCAAGCUGACUAGCAGUUGGCGCACAGGUGCUUUUCUAGGCCGUAUAUCUCUCAGAGACGAUUCAUCAACAGCAAGUCCUUCAAGUUCAGGAGGACCUGGAGAUUCUACAUCGGAUUCAAUAUCCCCACAACUGGAGUCAUACCUUACGGAGAGAACGGGUGGGCAAGUGGAUCAAACAGCUCUACACCUUGAAGCGAAGCUAAGAGAGAGAGACGCUUACUGGGAACAGAAAAUAGAGGAGCUGAAACUAUCUCUUUCAUCAGCACAGGGCGAAGAAGCAGCGGCGGCGCAAGCGGUGGCUCGCGCGGCGCAAGCGGAGGCAGCUAAGGCGACGACUGCGCGAGACUCCGCCGAGAGGCAGCUGGCCGAGCUGAGGGAGCGACUGGCCGCCGUCGAGCGGGCACAGGACAGGCUCGACACUGUUACUGAGGAAUUAGAGCAAGCUCGUCGGGAAUGGGCCCGCGAGCGGGGUUCUCUAACCGCGGCACUAGGCGAAGCAGAUGCAAGGGCCCGGGAUUUGGCGGGUGAAUUGGCGUUAGUCCGGGCCGCAUUGCCACCCGAGAACCCGCAUCAUCACAUGCACGACGAUGACAAACGCGAAGUGACUCCGUCUGGAUGCGAAGACUACGACCGCGUUUGUCGCGAGCGAGCGGUGCUGACGAGACAGCUGCAAGAGGCUAAGAUGGCGCUCGCCGACGUCAAGACUUCCUGGAGCGGACAGAUCGCGUCGCUCGAGACACAGGAAAAGACGAUGGAACUAGAGAGCCGGAUAGAAGCGCUGACCGCGGAGAAUUUGGAGCUGUCAUCGGCUUUGGAGAACGAGCGGACUCUGGUGAAGAUCCUGCGUGAGAAGGUGGAGAAAGCUCACCGGAGGAACGAUGAGCAUCAGGCCGAAGCGUGCCGGCUCAGCGCCAUGAUAGCUGAUAUGCAGCACGACUGCGACCGCAUGCAGAAGAACUACGAUAAAGAGAAACGCGAGAAAGACGAGGCGUUACUACGGAACGCGCACAUGUCGCAGAGCAUAGAAAUGAGCCAGUGCAACGUGCGCUACCAGGAGACUGAGAUCACCGACCUCAAGGCAAAAGUCGCAGAGCUCGAGACGCUCAUAGCACAGCAUAAAGAGAAUCAAGCAGCAUGUAUGUUAAUAAAAGAAAACGAAGAAUCGCGAAAGUCAGAGAUAGAAGAAUUGAAAAGAAGAAUGAACGAAAUGGCGGAGAGCGAAAGUACACUUAAAAAGACUAUACAAGACUUAGAAACUGAAAUCUGUGAUAAAAAUAAGAAAAUAAAAACCCUAGACAAUCGGAUAGCAGACAUGAAGAAGACACUGCAGCGCGAGCUACAGAGCAGCAAGUCAGAUCUCACCACCGCCGAGGAGCAGGACAUUAGUCGACGAUACCUAAAACACGUGGUCCUCCGCUUCCUAACUGCGCGUGAGUUGGAGGCGCGGCAACUAACUCGAGCGCUGUCAGUUCUACUGCGUCUAUCGGCGCACGAAGAAGCUUUAUUACGCGCUGCGUUACCACCCCGCUCCGGUUUAGCUGCCUGGCUGCCCUCCAGAAACACCUGAUGCGUUACUUCUAAUUUGGACCCUAGGACCAGUGGGUAAAGACUAAAGCCCUACAUUUACUCAGAACACCAGUUUUUUAGUGCCACGCCCCGAAAUGCGCUUUAAUAGACUAUAUCUUGGUUUGAAGCGUGCGCCGUCUUGUAAAUCUCAAAUCGUUAUCGUUGAGACGACAAACGAAUUCGUUGUAGCGAAAGUAAGUGAUAGAUAAAAGCCCUAACAUUUACUUGUGAUUUAUGACACCAGUGUUUUAGUGCCACGCCUCGGAAGCGCUUUAAUAGAAUAUAAUUUUAUUCGACGCGUAUUGUAAAUCUUGAUCCGUGGUCCCUAAGAUGGCGAUUCGUUGACCAUAUUUCGAAGUUAGUGAUAACAAUAAUAGUUUCCGAUACAGGUUAAAAUGUUGUUGAAGUAGUAACAAAAGCUUACUUAGUUUGUUACGGGUGCUUCUAUAGAUUUAUUAUUUGAGGUGGAUAAGGAAGCAGGAAUCCUUGGUGCAGUAUAUCCAGCGAAUUCCAUACUCACAUUUUGAAUUGUUGUGUGUUCGUUUCCUUUAUCAUCACUUAUUGAAUGCAGUUUAAAUUAAUUAUAGAUUUGUUAAUGUCCAUAUUAUGCUAAUGAUAGAAACCGUUGCAAUCCAGUUACAUUCUCCAUAUCUCAGCUGACCCACGCCGCCGGUUUUCGGCGAGUCGGCGGCUUAAGUAUAAAGCGCUUUAAAGAACAAUUUGUAUGUAAGUUGUGUAAAGUAGAAAAUACGACGAGUAAUAGAUAGUAUUGAAAUAUUUGGCGAAAGACAUUAGGUAACAUGUUAAAGUGAGUGUUCCUGAUAUUAAGUGACAUACAGUUUUUUAAAGUAUUAUUACAGAGUAUUAUAUGGGCACCGUGUAUUAAGUGAUGCCACAUCGUGUAACAAAUUGCUAGAAAUAACUAUAUUUGUAAGAAAUUGGUUAAAUUUUCACUGACUAUGAUUUAAUUUCGUAGUUGUAUCUAUUUAUGUAUCAUAUUUUAAUGUCCAUAGUUUGUUUAUUCACGUUCUCCCUUGCCCUUGCUGCCAGAUUUUUUUGUGUACGUUACUCCAGCUGGAAAGUAGCUCCUAGAGUGAUAUGAGUAGAACGUAUAAUUAGUUCCCAACAUGGUGUAAAUGUGCGCCGAAUUAGAGAUUAGUGCGUGCUGUCGUUUUGGUACAAAACGAAAAAAACGAUUCCUGCUGGAGUAACGUUGUUCUAGCAGGAAAAUUCUAAACGAAUGAUCGGAAAGAGAAAAACUGUGUACGAGCAGAUAGCUUAUAUUUGUUCUAUUAUGUGAGCUGAAAAUGUGAUUUGUGCGUCUUCAGGUUUUCGAGAUAUUGCAUUUCCUGCCAGGGUAACGUUUUGCAGAAUGCUCUAUCUCAAUAACCGUUAUAUGUGCGCCUAUAGAAUAAACACACACGAGUAGCUCUUGAUUUGUGCGUAUAUGUGAAAGAAACAUGUUUAUGAAAAUAUUUAUAAAUAUCAAGUAAUCGAGCUUUCUUCAAAAUCCGAAAAAAUCGUGUAGCGCCUGAAUAACAAAACGUACAAGCUCACUGAAAACUGUAUUCGAUCCUUCUUAAGACGUAUUGUAACCAUAGAAAGUUUCAAAAACGCGCAUUCAUGGGUCAUUGAAUAAUAUCACUAAAAGUAAUUACGACGGAGCUAUAACUUUGACGUCAAAAUACAAGGAAUCAGCUACACCAAGAUGAGCGGAUGUUAACCGUAUAAUUAGAGCGCUUAUUGAACAAAUAUAAAAUAAAAUAUUCAGCUUGGAAUGUAUCGCUUAAAAAAAGAUAUGCAUAAAAAUAUCAAAUUGUAAAUACCGGCUGGUUAUCCGACCAAAUUCGAAUGCAUACAAAAAAGCGACGAAUUCAUACAUAUCGAUGACCUUCCACAUUGAGCGUAUUAAACUUAAGCUGUUGUUAGUACAGUCGCGUUCAAAUGUUUUAGGCAAUUAAUAAAUAUAUAGUAAUAUUUUAGAUCAGUCUUUCCCAAAGUGGGCGAUAACGUCCCCUUGUGGACGCUGCAGGCUUAAAGGGAGGCGGUAAGAGACCCAGAAAAAAAAAAUCGGGACGUUGUGUAGAAGCUUGGGAGGCGUCAUCUACUAGGAGGACUCUUAGACACCGACUGAGCUCGACUCUUGACUACAAAAAUGGGCAGUAGACUAAAUAAGUUUGGGAACCGCUGUUUUAGAUGGUUAUGGGGCCUUACUAGGGGAAAGCGGCAAUAUUGGACCUCUUUUCUAUUUUCUGUUACUUAAAGAUAUUUCGCACAGAAAUUUGUCAAAAUUCCACGUGGCCGCGAAGCCACGGUCGGAUAGCUAGUUUUUUAUAAAAGCUCAAGACGACCGUGUUUUACAAUAAACAUUCCUAAUAAAAUCACAACGGACAUCGCGGCAUCGGUAUUUACCUCUUCGAUACAGUCAGGAGACUUUUAGAUUUCAAGAAAACUUAAGCGCUCCUGCUCGCGACGCCGCCACCGCGACGCCGCCACCGCGUCGCCGCCGCCCCGCCGCCGCACCGUCGCCGCGCUAAUAUUUCUAUUAACUUUCCGAUAAAAAUGUGAAUGGCGCUUACGAUGUUUAGUUUCGAGCUCGUUGAUAGACACCCUUAUUUUCCUGUGUACCCUUGGCUGUUCCCUUGAUGGUACAGUGGAAAAUAAAUUUUAACCGCUGUACCCUCGACCGUAAAGAUGGGUUCAUGGUUACACGAGUUAGAGUAGGCGCACACCGUUGAUUUUUCGUCGGCCGAUAGUUUAGUCGGGCUGUUGAUCAGUAUGGGCAUGUAUGGGAGUGCGCACACUACGCCGAUUCGAUUAGGCCGAUUCAUCAUACAAUUUGAAAUCGGGCACAACUAUCGGCCAACUAAAAAUCAACGGUGUGCGCCUACUCUUAUGGAAGACGAAGAAUGACACGCUCGUUUUCAUACUUUUCAUUCUAUUUAGGUAUUUGACAUGCGGUAUCUAUUAUUGAAAUCUAUGUGCGGAAACGUCACGAAAUCUGAAUCUUCAUUGACCGCCGAACCCCCUAUAGUGAAAAAUACAAUUUGUGACCACAUUGAAAAACCUUGCUACUGUGGAAAUUGUUUUUUAUUCUCUUAAUUUUUCACAGAUCAUACAUACCUACUGAUAAACUCUAUUUUUCUUUUUAUGAAUCUCUAAUCAAUUGUAUCUUAAAAGUAUUAUACACUACUACUUUUUUAUCACCGGAAAAUUUUUAACAGGUUAUGUAGAAAUGUGUGAAAAUUAUAAAGUAAAAAAAAAAAAUUAAAUUUUUAUAAAGUUAAUUUUUUUAUUAAAUUUUCUUUAGUCCCUAUUUUACGCGUCACAGCUGGGCCACUCCGCUGCUCGUUCAUUCAGUAGAGUAGUCGUACGCGCUCGCACAUUGAUCUGUCUGUCUCGCUCACGCCUUGACCACGCUUCCAGUGUUAUUAUUACUAAUUUAGACCAUUAUAAUGCAACAUUUCAAGUAAUUUUGAGUUCUAAUAAGUGUUUCAUUACACUUACGUACUUCUUUACGUGGUAUUCUGACUGUUAACACUAAUUGUAAGUUAAUAAUACAAUGAAAUACCUACCUACUGUGAAUACGUUACGAAUACACACCAAUGUGUCGUUACGAGGCUACUACGACUUUAAAAGAAAUAUGUAAUUCAAAGAUCUGCCAAAACAGCGGCUUUCAGUGUUAUCAUCACAGAAUAAUAAUAAUGUAUUACUUAGCUACCUAUCUUAGGCUAUUUUUAUUGCAACAUUUCAAGUAGGUAAUUAGAAUUGUAAUUGAACGCAGGGCAAAGGACGAAAACAGUAAUUUAGCAAUUACGUAAUACGUCACGUUGUAUUUCUGUGAGUUUUUAACACUAGUUAAUAAUAAUACCUACUGUGUAACUCCAAUUGAGAUCGCGCGUCGUUCGUAGUUCGUGAAUUUAAGAUCCGCCAUAACAGCUGAGUGGUGCGAACAGUUUUAGAUGGUGGUUUUAGUAGGCGCUUAGGUAAAAUAAUAAAAAUAAUUCAACUUUCCCUUCAUACUUACCCGGGCUUAGGAUCGGCCUUAGGACCGGCAAAAUUCAAUGCUUUGAUAAGCACCCUGCAUCGUGCUGAAGUGUGGCUGUCCCGGUACAGUCGCAAAACUGCACUACACAAUUUCUCCGGCCAAGAAUAAUAAUGCACGUAUCAUUAACACGUAUUCACGUGAGGUGAAUUGGUAAGACAACGUAAUAAUUGCACGACACUAUUGACUUGAUUGAUACAAUGUUAACAAGACACUUCACGACCGAUAAAGAGCUCGCGCGCGCGCAACUGACCGACCGCGGCCGGCGGCCGGAAGAGCGAGCCCGCCGCCCUCUCGCUCGUGGCUCGCGGGUGAUAAUGGCCGCACAACAAACGUACACCGCCGCCUUUAGGAAGCGUCGGGCCGGCAACGUCGCAUCUCUCUCCAUAGUAACGGGCGGCCUUGCGUUGAGCGUAAAUAGUGCUAGCGACGCGUGUGUCCAAAUAUUACCAAUUUUGGGAUGAAAUUUUGAGUAGCUUUAUUUAACUUUUUUUUUGCAUAAAUAGGAUCAGUAUCAAUAACUCAUUACCCAGAUUUUUUUUUCCGGUGAUAAAAAUGUAGUGGUGUAUUAUGACAUAGAAUGACAGAUCAAUAUACAUACCUACUUAUAAAUAAGUAAAGUAGUUUUAUUACUUACAUACAUAGUAUUCGUUAUGCAAAUAUUUCAAAGAAUGCGCCCAAUUUACGCAAGACAAUAGUAGUCAAAACUGUACAAAAUUUUAGUUUUCUUACCACAUUUACGGCUAUUUCUCAUCCUAAAGUGUAGGUAGGUAUGCGUUAUGAGCAAGAUUUUUAAAUCGGGGGACAAAACAUCUAUUAACUAUAACUAUAUUCUGUCACCUAUUAUUGGUACUACAUAUUUGAUAGAACUUACGAAGCACUUUCAGGAUCAGUAACUAGUUUUUUGAUAUCUUGUAUAGUUUAGAAAUAACCGAGUGAGAUCACUUAUCGUUUCCACCCUGUAUACCACGAACUGCGCGAUUUGGGACAUCUUUUUUAUUACAUUACUAGCUUUUGCACGCGGCUUCACAGGCGUGAAAUUCAGUUUCACAGAUCGUCGUAAAUUAUAGCCUAUAAUACUUACACAUAUUAUUCUGGGUUAUAAACAAUAAUACUCUAAAGUUUCAUCAAAAUCCGUUCAGCAGUUUUUGCGUGAAAGAGUAACAAACAUCCAGACAUCCAUACAAACUUUCACAUUUUUAAUAUUAGUAGGAUCAAUAAAAUUGUCCAAUAAUUAUAUUAUUAUGUCAACCAUACCAACUAUAUGUAGACUAUAUUAAAUUCUUAAAAAAAAUGUCAUACAUUAAUUACAUUUUAAUUUUUUUACUGGUUAUUUUCUACUUUAGUGUACUUCGGUACAACAAAUUUCAACCGGUUCGUGUGUAAAGUUAAGAAGGUCGUCGAUAACUAUGAAUCCGUCGCUUUUUUGUAUGCAUUCGAAUUUGGUCGGAUAACCAGCCGGUAUUUACAAUUUGAUAUUUUUAUGCAUAUCUUUUUUUAAGCGAUACAUUCUAUGUUGAAUAUUGUAUUUUAUAUUUGUUCAAUAAACGCUCUAAUUAUACGGUUAACAUUCGCUCAUCUUGGUGUAGCUGAUUCCUUGUAUUUUGACGUCAAAGUUAUAGCUCCGUCGUAAUUACUUUUAGUGAUAUUAUUCAAUGACCCAUGAAUGUGCGUUUUUGAAACUUUCUAUGGUUAUAAUACGUCUUAAGAAGGAUCGAAUACAGUUUUCAGUGAGCUUGUACGUUUUGUUAUUCAGGCGCUACACGAUUUUUUCGGAUUUUGAAGAAAGCUCGAUUACUUGAUAUUUAUAAAUAUUUUCAUAAACAUGUUUCUUUCACAUAUACGCACAAAUCAAGAGCUACUCGUGUGUGUUUAUUCUAUAGGCGCACAUAUAACGGUUAUUGAGAUAGAGCAUUCUGCAAAACGUUACCCUGGCAGGAAAUGCAAUAUCUCGAAAACCUGAAGACGCACAAAUCACAUUUUCAGCUCACAUAAUAGAACAAAUAUAAGCUAUCUGCUCGUACACAGUUUUUCUCUUUCCGAUCAUUCGUUUAGAAUUUUCCUGCUAGAACAACGUUACUCCAGCAGGAAUCGUUUUUUUCGUUUUGUACCAAAACGACAGCACGCACUAAUCUCUAAUUCGGCGCACAUUUACACCAUGUUGGGAACUAAUUAUACGUUCUACUCAUAUCACUCUAGGAGCUACUUUCCAGCUGGAGUAACGUACACGAUUUUUUUAUGUAUUCCUCAAUAUUUAUUUAUUAUGUAAAAUUAACUUAUCACACUAACCAUCCAUGGUAUUUAUACUGGCGGCAGCAUAUUACAUCAUGUAUUGUGAAAAACAACUCAAAAUCAUGAACUAAAUUAAUUUGCGAAUAAUAAAGAUAAGUAAAGUUGUUUAGUGAGCUUUAGGUAUAGUUAUAGAUUUAAAUCAUUGUUAUUGUAACCAUAAUUACCUAUGUAUUGGAAGAUUUAUGGAAGUUGCCUUAAUAGUUGCUAGUCAUUUUGGCGUGUGGUCGUUAUAAAUUUAGAAUUUUUAUUAUUUUUCCUUUGUAAUUAGUUUUUCUUAAUAAUCGUAUAAUUUCUUUGAAAAGUGAAAGUCUUACGUUUAUUUAUUUUUUGUUUAAAUAUGAAAUUGUUGUUGUAACAUGGAAGGAUUUGAUUUUUAAUGCUUUUUCUGUUGUGAAGGAUAGAGGUGAAAAAACACUGCCCUAUGGUACUCCACUUAAGCUGCAAAUAUGCUACUGACUAAGAAAUAAGUAGGUAACUAAGUACAUAUACAUAAUAAUGUUGUAACUAUUUCGACGAUCUGUACAUAGUCUUAUUUAUAUAAAUGACCCGUCGCAUCUUCAAAAUAAUUAUGCCUAAAGAUAAAAAGACAGUUUAUGUAAUAAUGCACUUGGGUCCUGAAUGGAAUGAUAAUACAUGUUAAUUUCGUUUAAUGUUAAUAUAUUAUGAAACAUAUUCUAAUCAAUCAAUUAUUUUUGACCAUGAUUGGAUGUUUUAUAUUAAAUUGUAUUAUUUUAUUUCAUGUCGAUCGGAUGGAACUUUUUAAAAUUUAGGAUGAGCAACCUCUUUCAUUUGUUCACUUCAUUUAGGGCCAGUGUACAUUGUUGGUUUGCGGUAAUCAAGCAGUUGCAGCAAUAAUAUUAAUUCUAGAAUAUGUAUGCAGCGCAGCACGGUUUGUAAUAUUUGUAGAUAGUAUUUGAUAAUGUUUACGCAGAGAUCUGUCGAUACUUGUAUAUGAAUCUAGUCUUAGUAUGUUCGAUAAAAUUAAUAUGCUUUACGAUGAGAAAAGUUAUGAUAUGAAUUGUUUAUUACGUUGAUUUAUUUUGUAAGCUGUAAUAGAGUUUAUUUAUGUUUGUGUACAUUCCCCUUAGAUUAUUAUUUUAAAAGUUUCAUUAUGUAGUUGGAUCACUUUAUUUUUAUUAAAUGCUAAUUUGACAAGAAUAAAUUUUAUUUGGAACAUAA